AUGAAUCGUUGCCUCUUCCCCACGCUGCCUUCCGAUGUCCGCCAACACCUCUGCCAGGACGCUGUAGCCAUUGGCCACUCCCUCAACCACCGCAACGCCGGCACCGUCGAGUUCCUCGUGGACACAUCCGAUGGCCGCCAUUGUUUCAUGGAGGUGAACCUGCGCAUCCAAGUCGAGCACACUUUCACGGAAAUUGUGAGCUUGACUGGCAUUGACGUUGUGCAAUCGCAGCUGAAGUUUGCUGGCGGCGCGACGCUGCAAGAACUCGAGCUCGAACAGGACACAAUUGCCACCUGCGGAUUCAGCAUCAACGCGCGCAUCACCACGAAGGACCCGCUCAACGACUCUUUGGCCCUGAUACAGGUGCACAUGCGCUUGCGUGCCGGUACGAACCAUUCACCCGGCAGCCGCCAGUCGGCCGCGACCUGGAGCCAUACACAACAGCAGCACCACAACCACCGGCACAUGGCGACGAGAAGGAUGAGGGUGAUGAGGCGUCGCUUGGGCCGUUUGACGUGCUCGUGCACCACAUGGGCAUGCUUGAGCUGGUGCGCGCGCUCCUUGGCAAGCAGCAAGGAGUCAUCAGCAUCACACCACUGGACGAGUAGCAGGGGCAGGUUGCCCGCGUCAGGUGAGCUGCUGCUCGGUGGUGGUGAUGGCUGCGCGACGCGUAAGGUUGGCGAGCGCGUCCUGAGGGAGAUGACUGACUUCCCGAUUGGGCAGGUGCAGCUGACGGCCCGCCACGACCCGGACUGCCCCGCCUGGACGGCGGACGAGCUGUGGUCCGUGUGGGUUGAGCCCGUGCCCGAAGGUCUUGAGGAGGUGCUGCCCUCGCUCGCCAAGGCAAACAGUGGCUUUCACUCCCACACAUACAAGCCGGACGGUAACCGCGUCAGGGGCACAUUCAGGUUUGUGUCACGGGAGAGCGCGGAGCUGAUGGUCCGCCUGUACGACCAGCGGGAGGUGCUGGGCACGAAGCUCAACGUGUUCCCAGACCCAAAGGCAAAGAACUGGAAGAGCAAGGGCAAGGACUCCACGUCCUCCUCCCCUGCGUCCCCAACAUCCAUCACGCCGGCGCCUGUUGCGGGCCAGGCAAAGCGCAUCACGUUCUACCUGAGCGAGGCAGCCAGGAAGCGUGACCGCAAGGGCUUGACUGCCGCCAUGCCCUGGCCCACCGACACGUACCGCAGCGUGCAGGCGACGCUGGAGCGCGCUGGCGUCAACUUCCAGUCGCUGCAGGUCUUUCUGGACAUGCGCUGUGCAAGCGUUGACGUGGUUGCCGACAGCGAGGAGGCGUUCCGGAGCCUGCUGCCACUGCCCAUUGACACGGCGGGGGCCUGUCGUCUGGAGGCGCGGCAGGCACCGCUGCACCGCAUUGUCGUCACCUGUACCCCGCACAGCAAGCCCACCACGGGCCGCGACAUUGUGCAGGCGGUUGAGACGAACUUUGGCGACACGGCGAAGCUUGUUCCCAUCCCGCAGUCCCUCAAGGACACGCUGUCCCACAUCCAGCCGUUUGCCAGCACGCGCAUAACUGAACAAGAACAAGAACAAGGAGCACAGCAGCAGUGUGAAGGUGGUAGUGAGGCACACGAUGCUGAUGCGAUGCCAAAUGCUGUGCACGACCCUCAUCAGUACAAGAGAGACGGCGAUGCUGACAGCGACGACAGCGACGACAGCAAGAGCAGCGGCACGUCCUCUGAGACCACGCUGCAGCGCGUGUUUGUGCUGGAGAUAACAGACACGCGUGCGGCGCAUGCGUGUGUCCGCAGGAGGCAGUUUGCCACCUCUGUCUCGCACAAGUUUGUGGCGCGCCUGUGCUACCCGAACGACGUGCACGUGGCUGUGCUCGACCCCAAGCUGAGCGGCCUCCUGUCGGACCUCGUCGAGGCGUUCAACAAGAGCAGCGUGGCCAAGGACCUUGAUGUGCUGGCGGCUGCAACCACAAAUAACCGCAUCUGCUUCACGAGCAGCACCGCCGUGCUGGUGUGGUCGCAGGCCAAGCUGCUUGCAAGCUUCCUCGCGCCGGCCUACCACCCGUUUGCCCGCAGCGACCGCGUGCUGGGCGACGACAAGGUCAUGGAGCACGUGCUGAACGACUACGGCUUCAAGCUGGUCCGCUACCCGACGCUUGGCCUGCUGCCCUACGCAGACACGGCACACGGGGCCAUGCGGGAUCACCCCGCCCAUCGCAUCGCCCGUGGCACCCCAGUAGGCGCUGAUGCACACGCGCGACCUGGACGGCGCCGCGUCAUGCUGCUGGAGUACUCGCUGUACUACUACCUGGACCAGGACAGGGAGCGCGGGCUCAGCUACAUCAACAGCACCGUCGGCGCCAACAUCAAGUCGCAGACGACGAUCAGCGUCACGGGCAUGCAAUACCGCUUCCUGGACUCGCAGCUGCUUGAGCUGGCCCGAAAGUUCCGCGUGUAUGUGCGCAAGCCCAGCGCGGAGGGCAGGGACGCAUGCGCCUCAAGCGUGCCCGUGAGCGUGACGGUGGAGGGCAUGCAGCGGCAGCUGACGGCGUUUGACAACGCGGUGCAGGACACGCUCAAGGAGCACCUGUGCCACGUGCUCGGGCUGCCGGUCAUUGACACGUCGCACGUGCCGGAGAUGACCGAGGCGGACGUCACCUUCCUGAAGCGCAAGCUGUUCAAUUACCUGACCAAGGCCAGCCGCACCGUGUGCCGCAGCAAAUACGGCGUGGUGAGCUAUGUUGCGCCGCAGGACGUGAUUGGCACGCCCUCUGAGCGCAACGUGUGGAUGGUGGCUGGCCGGCGCGAUGUGAUGCAGACGGUCAUCCCGACGAUGGAGUCGACGUUCCGCACCAUUGCCCACAUCCGGCCCACGCGCUACGUGUGCCAGAUGCCGGUGUCCGUGGCCAAGGAGCUGAAGCGUCUGCGCAAGAAGGCGUUGGUGCUGAUGCCAGUUAUACCGCAAGCACGGGCGCUGCUUCGGCAAAUUCUGCUGGCACUGCUGCUGGCGACGAUGCCUGUCGACCUCAGUGCCCACGCAGUGCUUGAAGGCUCGGGCAUGGAGAUGGCGGCGGCAUCGGAAGUGGUGUUGCUGACAGCAUGUGAGAGGCUGUUCCCGGCCAAGGUGAAGCAGGCCGUGUGGGGCGAGACGCUGCCCGUGGUGCAGCUGCACGCGGAGAUUUGCGAGGGAAGCAUCAACAACGACCGCGACAUGAACGCCGAGAGGAGCGGUCCCCUGCGGUACAACGAGGCGCGCGUGACCACGUCCGGUCCGCUGGCCCUCUCGUCCAGCAUUGAGCACGUGCUGUACGUGGUUGCGCCAAACUAUGUGCCCGAGUUUGGCAGCAAGGUGACGCAGACGGCUGCGGACCUGAAGACGGCGUUCCGCGCGCUGCUGACGACGGCGCGGGACAACAACAUCCGCUCGCUCGCCACGUGCGCGCUCGGCUGCGGCGCCCUCCGCUGCUCCCCAUUCGCGUCUGCGCGCGAGAUGCCCAAGGAGAUGACAAAGCCGUGCGGGCGCUUCCCCGACAAGUACCUGCACAAGGGACACUACAAGAUGAGUGAGGAAGACGCCGCCCGCGUGGUGGCCGAUGCGCGUGCAACCGCGGCUGCGGAGGAUGAGCGCAACAUGCGCCGGACGGUUGAUCCAGAUGUCCUGCAGCGGUGGCUGGAAUACAAGAAUCGCAAGGCGCGGAAGUUGGAACACUGGGUGUACAUGAGUGGAGCACGUGGGCAUGCACGUGAACGACCUGCGCCUGACAUUGAGCGCGUGCGGCGGGUGGUGGACGAGCAGCGGUCGAAGCUGAAGCCACAGGCCAUCUUUGAGAUUCCUGACCGCUGGGACAUGCGCGAGGGUCAGCUGCUUGUUGAUGUAACCAACGAGGGCGAGCUGGGCCGCGUGCGCGCGCUGUUGGAGCCGCUUCGGCCCCGAAACCUGCUCAUGCAGCGUGUGCAGAACGUGUCGCUGUUCAAGCGGUACUUGGAGAGCGUGCACCGCGUGUACUGGCGGCCCGCGCCACCAAGCCUGCCCAACGACAUUGCGCCGCUCUCUGGCGACGAUGACGACUACAACGUUGCGGAGGGCUACUUUGGCUCAGGCCUGUACUUCAGCCGCGACCCGUCGUUUGCUGUCAAGUAUGGCCACCACGAGGGCAGCGCAACAGACAAGAACGACACCACCAGCGAGCGGCGCGUGUAUGUCGAUGUGUCGGCGCCCCAGUCGAAUGACGUUGCUGUUGGCGUUGCUGAUGAUGAUGUCGCUGCAACUGCUGUUUCUGCUGCUGCUGCUCGCCAUGGUGGUGACGAAGGAGAAGGAAUUGGCCGAGCUGCCGCGAGUGAAGAGAGUGAAGGCACCUCGGGUGGUGCUGAGAGUGCUGGUGGAUGCAUGACUGCUUCUGCUGCUGCUGGGAGCGUGUUGUACGAUUCCGUUUGCGGUUUCGACGGCGAUACGGAGAUGUUUGUCAUCUACGACAACGGCAUGUGCUACCCGAAGUACAUCAUCUCCUUUGACGAUGAUGCUGUUGAUGUGGAGGGGGAAGUGAACGGGGACGAGGAGGAUGCGGAAGAAGGAUUAGUCGCGCCAGUCGUCGGGGAGGGGGAGAGUGAUGAUGACCGUGGAGAUGAUGCUACUGCGAACGUGGAAGAUGCUGGAGAUGGUGGUGAUGAUGGUCGUGAUGGUCCUGGUCACGGUGGCGAUCAAUCACAACGACCUUCGCCACCCCACAACGAUGUUUCUGGUGAUGGUGCUGUCGCUGGGAACAACGGCUAUGGGGUGAACGGAAUCAGAGGCAGCCCCCACCCCAACAACAAUAAUCCCAACAACAACAACCAGAACAUUCUUGGCAACGCCAGCUAA